AGAGAGUCUGGGCAUCCUGUCAGCAGUGGAGAACCGAGAGGAAUGUUUGGAUUGGGUGGAUUGUGACAGAGCUGGAAGAGCAGGAGGAACACGCAGAGUUAAAGAGGACCGUCCCACUCAGUGGGGGCUGGGGAGGGAAGCAGGGCCCUGAUUGGCUGGUGCUUUUUUCGCUGGUGGUGGAAAACGUGAUCCAGUCUGCUGCAACACUGCAGAGGGGACUGCAAAGAGAGAGAGAGAGAGCACAGUGUAUACAGCAUCAGCUCUGCGAGAGUCAGGCACACAGACAGAGAGAAGAGACUGAGACCUAAAAAUAACUGCAGAGCAAAGAUGGUUCGACUGAGAGAGAGAUUGAAGAACUGAGAGGAACAUUAACGGCACAGAAAGAGAGGCAUCCAUCAGAACAGCACAGGGGAGAGAGACAGACAGGAGAGAGAAAGGAGAGACCAGGACUGAGAAACACAUCAUAUAAAACCAAGGGAGAAAGAGAAGGAGAUUCAUCACAGACAGGAAAUCCAUUCCAGGAAGAUUCCAGAUUUACUGCUCGUCUGUCUUUGUGAUCUGGGUUUCUGUGGCACCUUUCUCAGCUCAGAGGUGCACCUGUGUGAGGUGGGGAGGGCCUCGGACUCCUCUGUCCGCCUUCGUGGGGGUCUCUCUGACCUCCACAUGCACCCUCGACCCACCUCUCAAGCUCACAGCCUGGGAAACUUUGCAGAAAGGGGAAGCUUCACUUCAAGACUGCCAGUUUCCUGUCACUGCCUCUGAGCCUCAGUGAUACAGCCCUGCACGCCUCCCCUGUCAGCAGGCAUUUCUCUAAACGCUGCCCGGGGACUCAUACACCACACUGUAGCUAUCAAUAGGAUGUGCUUUAUCAAGCCUGAGAGACCAAAUCAGCGCGAAUGAUCCAGAUUAGAGUCAAAACCCAACUGAAGCGAGUUUCAGCAGCAGCUGCUAUGGUUUUUUUGACGGAGCAGCAUGUGUGUGUUUAAGCCUUCAGUUGUUUGUGACGCCCCGGUGCAGUGAAUCAGUGAAUGUUUGGGUUCAUUUGAACUGCAGGAGAUGACAGAGAAUCACUUUAUUUAUUUAGACAUCCAUUGUGAACAGGGGCAGAGGUGAGGUGGCCUCUGUCUCUACAGCUGCUUCUCACACAGGAGCUUUAACAGCAGAGAACCCAGUCUGAUAUUCCCAGGCUAUCACACCUCCACUCCACCAGGGGCAGCACCUUCCCAGAGCUGGGGUCGUAGGGAGUCCCACAAGACCUCACAGGCAGGGGAGACCUCCACACCAGGAGGAGGCAGCGUUGGGGAUCUCUAUGGCUCAGGGGGACAGUGAGGGGGAGGACGCUACCCAGGAUUUUAUAAAGCGUAAAAAACCCAAACAAGGGAACACACGUUGAAUACCCUGCCGCUCUGCUUGCCUCUCCAUCACCCUCUAGUGACCACACUAGAAAUCUACAACAGCUCAAAGCACCGCUGUCCUGCAGCACUCAGAGAGGCUCUUCAGACUUCAUUACGGUUCAAAGUAUACUUUCAUAAUUCCUGAAAAACAGUGGGAUACCACGAGACUGCCCCACCCAAGCGCCUGAGGGAGAGGCAGACUUGCUUUUAAGGGUGAUUCUUAUCACCCCCGAAUUCACACCCUCCCACAACAGGAAUAUCCAGUCCCAUCCCCGCUGAGGGUCUCAGCUGCGUCAAGCAGGGUCUGGCCAGUCAGGGGCUGAGCGGACAGGGGAAGCUGUGAGGGGGAGCUGGGCUUUUGCAAGAAGAUAAAGAACUGUUCCAGCAAGCAACACUGUAAAAUUCACUCAAGUAAGAUAUAUAUGUGUAUAUAAAUGUAUGUGUGUUUGUAUGCAGUAUUUAGAAGUACACUGCGCUGGAAUGUUACAGUAAGUGUUUAAUUAGGAGUUACAGAUCAUUUGCUGCUGAAUCUACAUCUGUAACCUUGCACUGGAAUUAACAGCUAAAUUACAGACUGAUUUGUUCUAGACUGUAUUCACUCAACUCAGUGAAGAAACCAACAAGACUUCCUUCAGGUUCCCUGGAGACAAGACUGCUGCUCUCUGGAGAGACAGGGUUACUGCGCUUUUAUUAUGUGCUUUAAAUACUGCAGGCUUCAGACAAAGUAAAGCUUCUUACUGAUUGACUGGCGGGCUCCAGGGAGCUUUGGAAAGCCUGGAGGCCACGCAUACAUAGAAAGCGGCAGGUUUUUUUGUUCUAGAAAGAAUUCUGUAUCCAAACUGUAUUUGGUGCAAACAUAAGGACUAUAACUGGAUAUACUGCCCCCCUACUGGGCUAACUGGAAUUACAACUGGCAGGUGUUUGCUGAGCCCAGACUAAGGAGGCAGUUUCCCUGAGAUCUGUAUUAACCCCUGGGCUUGGUGGAAGUACAGAGCAGCGAGUUAGUACUGGGGGGGGGGGGGCGCGCUGGUCACGGUAAUGAUGGAUGCUGCGUCUAAACCAAGGUCCCAGUGGGACGGCUAACUUUGACGGCUCUGCGGACACACUGACCAGACAAGCGCAUGUCCUGCCUGAGGCUCCAGCCUGCGUCUAUCCCCAUGGACACCGUGAAGAUCAUCCAGUCGGAGAAGUUCCCCCCCCUGCGGCGCGAGCCCCCCCGGGCCGCCUGGCCGUCCGAGUCCGAGGUGAUCGUGAACCAGGGGUGCGGAGAGCUGGCACUGGACGGAGUGGGUGCGGGCGCGGGGGGGACCCCGCCAGCCCCCUCCCGGAGAGAGAGGGUCGGGUAUCUCAGCCAGCGCAAGCCCAGCGGUGCGGAGCUCUGCUUCCACAACCAGUUCCACUGCAAGGCGGCAGACGACGUGAUCGUGAACCAGUACGUGCUGCGCUCAGCCUCGGGCACGCCCUGCGAGCCGCUGGAGUGCCCCACCUGCGGGCACACCUACAACCUGACGGGCAAGCGGCCGCGCAUCCUGUCCUGCCUGCACUCGGUGUGCGAGGAGUGCCUGCAGAUCCUCUAUGAGUCCUGCCCCAAGUACAAGUUCAUCUCCUGCCCGACCUGCCGGCGUGAGACCGUGCUCUUCACUGACUACGGGCUGGCCGCGCUCGCCGUCAACACCAGCAUCCUGAACCGGCUGCCAGCCGAGGGGGGGCUGGGGCCCUCCAACCCAGUGCAGUGGGGGGGCGACUCGGACCGCAGCUGCUACCAGACCGUACGCCAGUACUGCCAGUCUGCAUGCACCUGCCAGCUCGCCAACCCGCUGUCUUCCUGCGCCAUCAUGUAGCCGCCCAGCCUGGGACAGUGCAGACACACACAGCAGAUAUAUCUAUAUAUUUAAUAGCACUGUAAACAAAUAGAGUUAUUAUAUGGACAGAAGUAACAAGGGAGCGAUAACUUAAAGGACUGUCCAAUAAAUGUAUUUUGUGUA